UGUCACACGUAAUCAUUUCAAUCGCAUGGCUUCCGUGUAAAUUUGCCGAAUUGGGAAUACAAACAGGACUUUAUUUUGUCUAAAAACCACAUCCGGUGAUCACGGAAUACUUCAUGUAUCAAUAGAAUUCAAAACAUUCCGCUAUAUAACGCGGUUUGAAGAAAAUAACAGAAUGAGUCAAUCAGCUCCGUGGAAUGUUCACAAUUCCCAGCCAGUUGGUGGAGUUAAAAUGUUUGAUCCAACUCAAUUUUCAGGAGCAGUGUCGACAUCUGCUGCUAAUGUUCCAUAUUCAACAGCCGCAACGCAACAAGCAUUUAUACCAAACUCUGCAGGCGUUCAUCAGGAAUCUUAUAAUCCAAAUUCAGUAGCCAAUCAACAACAGGGUUAUGCACCUCAUUCAGUAGAAAAUUCUUCAUUCGCCCAACCAGGAGAUCCAGCUCAAAAUUUUCAGAAGCAUGAGAACUCAUGGAACAGUUGGGGUUCCUGGGGAACUCAAGACACCAGCUCCGGCAUUGCUACCAGUCAGCAACAAAAUAUAUACACCCCUGGUGAAGCCAGUGGAAUUUACACCCCACAGUCUGAGGGAUAUGGACAGGGUUAUUGGGAUCCCCAAACCCCGCAAUAUGCCCAGCAUGGACAAAAUAUUGGCGCUCAUCAACAGGUGCCUGUCGCUGGGAACACUGUAGAACAACACCAACAAUGGCAAGGAUACACACAGGACCAAGGAUAUAAUGUACAAACAUCACAACAGGCCAAUAUGGCAUAUAACACAUUUCAACCAGUGUCGAACGACAACAUUAAUAAUUUCUCACACGAUCCUCAGGCUCAGCCUCAAUUAAACAGUGAACAAUCAAGUCACUUUCAAAAUCCUGUGAACUUUCAACCCCCUUCAAAUGAAGUACCAACAGUAACACAUAAUACACAUGAUAUCAGCCAAUCACACGGCAUAAGCCAGUCACAUGAUAUUCAUGUGAACCAAUCACACGAUAUAAGCCAGUCACAUGAUAUAAACCAAUCGCACCUGACAGAUAGUAAUACGUAUAAUACUAACGUUUAUUUCAAUAAUUCUGCUGAUCAUCAAACUGUCCCAUUUUCAACUGGGCAAGUGUCAGGCGAAAAUCAGAAUCAGUUUUUAGAUAUACCUGGUAAUAUUCAGAGGACUGAUUCUCUGAUCAGCAAUGCGAGUCUAGUGACCAGGGAUUCCGCAAAUAAUAGUAUGGAUCAGGAUGAAUUGUUACAACAAAUGGCGGGGCAAUUCCAAAAUGUGUCGUUAAAUCAGAGUGAAGGUCAAGAACCCAUCCAUCAACCAAGUCCUGUCGUCACAGGAGACACUAGAUCGGGUCAUAAUCCCACAGAAGAAGAACAUCAAAGUCCUUUAAAUGAUUGGGAAUUUGUUGGUUCGGUUCCCUCGUCAUCGUCUCAACAUAGCCGUCAAAGUUCUUUAGAAAAUACUGUGAACUUUUUACCUAGUCAGCCAGCCCAAUCAGGAUCUCAGGUCUCGAACCAACAGCAGGGGACAGAAACUGUGGACCCCUAUAAUGUUAAAUUAUCAGCAUCGUUUAAUUCGGAGUCAAGUAGUUCCGCCUUUACUUCAAGUGUGUCCGCUACCUCUUCCAGUGUUGCGACAUCAGGAACAGCAUCUUUAUCUGCAUCUUUGAACAGCCCCCCUGGAUCACUGAAUCAACCUCCACCCCCAGCUCAAGCAUCAUCAAACAAGCCUGCUUCUUCUCCCAAUCCCUUCCGCAGACAAAGUCCUAGUCGUAGCCCUGUUCCACAAAAUGAGUCAUCUAAUAACCCAGUUAUAAGUGCACCGAUAUUUCACCCCAUACAAUUGCAGUCACCAACUGCCACAGCCAGCCAAAACACUGAUCUCCAUCAACCAAUCUCCCAUGCAGACAAUCAGCUCCCCUUUCAGUCUGCUCAAACUCUGAGUAGCAAGAAUGAAAGUACUGAUAAUGCAAUGACAAAUCAACCAAAGACCGUCAGUGAUAAUACAGUGACUUCAAAAAGACCUGAAACAAUGGAACCGAAGAGUAGUCCUUCAAAGCAACAACCAAACAGUCGGAGAACAAAGGACCAAGAUUCGACUGACAUCAGGCCAUUUGUCAUUGAUUCAUCAAAGCCUCCUGUGAAUCCUACCCGAGAUGCUCCACACUCGUCUCCAAGGAAACACAGCUCAGCAUUUAAACCUGUGGCUCGUGCCAAACAUAACAUGUCUCCAGCUACCACUUUAUGGGAUGAUGUUGUCACUCCUGCGCUGGGUGUUCAUCUUGCUCCUGCUGCCCCCUCAGUCACAGAAGCUUCACAGAUUGUCCCAAUUUCCAAAAGUCGAUCAGCUUCACCAGCAGAAAAGACAUCCAGUCGAUCGUCAAGACUGGAUGAAAGGCGUAAUGAAUAUAAAGGAAGUGACAGUGAGGCCGUGUCCGAUUCAUCAAGAAGUAAAUAUAGGGAUCGAAGACUCGGAAGCAACAGCUGGAAAAAAGAUGACGAUAAUAGAUCGUUAGAUUCUUUGGAUGAAGUCAAUUCCAGAUUGGAUUCGUAUAAAGACAGACGAUAUAAAGAUCGUUACGCUGCCAGAGAUCCAUAUUAUGAAAAAGAGAGACCAUCAAGUAGAUUUGACCGAGAACGACCUUCCAGUAGAACUGAUUAUAGAGAUGAUUAUCGUUCGAGAUAUAGAGGUAAUUAUAGAGCCUAUGAACAAGAUCCGUACUAUCAACAUGAACGAUAUGAACGUCCAAGAUCAAGAAAUAAUGAAUCAGAUCAAGUUGGCCAGACUGCAGAUCGACCUAAAUCCCGAGCCGAUACUGAAAGAGAUCUUCGAGAUUCAUAUUACAGAGAAAGAUAUAGAGGUUACGACUAUGAUCCAAGAAGAAGAUAUUAUUAUGAUGAACAUCAACGUAGUAAUUAUGAUCUGGACUAUCUUUAUAGUCAGGGUUAUUAUGACGAAUAUUACAGUGGUCAAGGUCAAGCACGGUACACAGAUUAUUAUCGUCAGUAUGGAGGCGACACAGAUCAAUAUAGUCAACGAUCUUAUUCACCGCGGGGUAAUAACCUCGCCAUAGAUGACGCAGAUCAAAGUUAUGAUAGUCAAGGUCGAUUGUCCCGACCAUCCAGUCGUCAAGAUGAUCAAUAUGGUUAUGAUGCGUAUGACAGUCGUCAUGGAUACUACUAUGGACAUGAUUACUAUGGUCAAGGUGGUUAUUAUGAUCCAUAUGCUAGUUAUCAAGAUUCAUCAUAUCAGCGAUUGACGCCACACAAGUAUACUAUACCUCACAUGAAAGCAUGUUUUGGUGCUAAUGGUCAGCUCAUUAAGAUAUUACCAAACCGACCAGCAGACGGUCAGCCUGCCGUCGUAGAAGUACAUGAAAUAGAAUCCAUUUUAGCUGAUGUCAAAGGUGCUGAAGAGGUCAGAGAAUUUCCAGGGCCUUUAGUAAGGGGUGACACACAUAAAAAUGAUGUAUUAUUAUUCUGUCAAAGAAAAGCUAAGAUGUGUAAUGAAGAUAUAAAUAUGGUGGAUAGAGAGUCUGCUGAAUUAACAUGGCGUCUGCUAGAAGUUCUGAUAAAACAAAAUGGUACUGUGAUAGGUACAGAUAUAGCAGAUUUAUUACUCGAAGGUCAUGAACCCUCAACACAUGAAUACAGUAUGUCUGGUGUAAAAAUAGCUACCAGUCUGGAAAAUCUAGACACAUCAACUCUGGAUGAAACAGAAGAAAAAGUCACGUCAGAUAGAACUGUUAUCAAUAAAGGAAAAUCACGAGAAGAUGUUAUUGAUAGAUUCAGACAUCUUUUACUCUAUGGACGAAAAAAGGAUGCUUUAGAAUGGGCUAUGAAGAAUAAUAUAUGGGGUCAUGCCUUAUUUUUGGCUAGUAAAAUGGACACAAGAACACAUGCCAAUGUUAUGACGAAGUUUGCUAACAGUGCCAUGAAAAUGAAUGAUCCGUUACAGACGUUAUACCAACUGAUGUCUGGUCGACAACCAGCAGCCGUUACAUGUAUGUCUGAUGAAAGAUGGGGAGAUUGGAGACCACAUUUAGCUAUUAUUUUAUCAAAUCAUACAUCUAAAACUGAUAUAGAUAGAAAAUCUAUAGCAACGCUAGGUGACACACUUGCUGCCAAAGGCUGUUUAAAUGCCAGCCAUUUUUGUUAUAUAAUGGCACAGACACAGUUUGGUACUUUUACCAAGAAAACAUCCAAAAUAGUUUUAAUUGGUUCAAGUCACAAUUUAAGUUUAAAAGAAUUUGCCACGAACCAAGCCAUUCAGUGUACAGAAAUAUAUGAAUACGCUCAAUCACUAGGAAACGCCAAAUUUGUAUUACCGCAUUUACAGGUUUUCAAAUUUCUGUAUGCAUGUCGUCUAGCGGAGUAUGGUUUCUCUCAAGAAGCUUUACAUUAUUGUGAAGUUAUUAGUCGAAAUGUACUACGUAGUCCAGCUUAUUAUCAAUCACCAUUUGCAAAAUCUUUAUAUCAGCUUGCUGAUCGUUUAAAAUAUUGCGAUCCUUCUCGUCAACAUGAAGGAGAGGAUAUGGCUGAUCCUGAUUGGUUACAAAAUCUAGCGAUAAUUUGUCAGGGUUAUGAUGAUGGCAGUAUUCAACCGAUAUCUGGAUCUGCCACACCAGCUGGAUUUGGUGGAACCACAAACAGCAGUGAUAGUGGAGAGGUUGCAGAAUACACAAGUAACACACCUAAUUUUGGUGCUGCACAGUACCAGAAUUAUUCACAGCCAGACGGUAGUACCUACACAGACCCCAAUUAUCAACAACAAUAUAACCAAGGUCAAUAUGAUCAGACUCAAGGUUACUAUCAACAAGGUCAAGGACAGUACCAACAAGAUCAGGGGCAGUACCAACAAGUUCAAGGGCAGUACCAACAAGGUCAAGGACAGUACCAACAGGUUCAAGGUCAAUAUCAACAAACAGAAACCACCAAUCAGGUACAGACAGAUAAGCCUGCGACAGAUGAUAAAGUUGAUACAACUCCAGCUGAUUAUUUAGGACAGUUACAGGCCUAUAAUCAACAAUGGAGUCAAUAUAACCAACAACAGGGAUAUGCAGCAGAUUCAAAUCAUCAACAACCUACAGACGCAGCCAAUACAAACCAGGCUAAUAACUAUAAUACAGCCAAUCAGAAUACAGCAUAUGGACAACAAGGUUAUUACCAACAGACAGGUGUAGAGGGUCAGCAAGGUUUUUAUAAUCAAGCUAGAAAUAGUAUAGCAUCUACACAAAGCCAGCCUACAGAAGAAGAUGAUGAUGAUGAUUACGAAGAGGAGGGAGAAGAAGUUGAUUCUCUUGCUCCACAGACGUCUUCAUUUGAUUAUUUUAGUGCUGCUACUGUUCAAAAAAUUGUAGCUCCUCCAUCCCGUGUACGGACAAAUUCUAAUAGUUCUACUGGAAUGCCUCCACGUCAGCGUACAACAUCUGGUAGUAGUACUGGUAGCAUAUCAGCUGCUAAUCCUAAACCUAAACCUAAUUCUACACAAGAUAAGAAAAAACAGGAACCAAAACAGGGUGAAAAUGGAGGUGGUGGUUGGUUUAAUAUGUUUGGGUGGCGUAAAAAAACAAAAGAAAAAGAAAUGAAGUUACCUGAUGAUAAAGAUCCACAGAUUGUUUGGGAUCCUGUUAAUAAGAAAUGGUUCAAUCCCAAUGCUGAAGAGUCAUCAGCACCUGCUGCACCACCUCCUAAAGAUACAGAUUUAAUGGGUAAAAGUAGUGGAAUGAAUGGUUCCGCACCACCAAUGAUGGGAGGCUCUGGAGGUACAAAUAGAUUCUCACUCAAGAGUGCUGGAGGUGCUAGAAAUCAAUAUGUAGAUGUUUUAAACCCUAAAUCAAGUCCUUCACCAUUACCUAAUACUUUAUUAAACACAGUACCACAAACAGCUGCUAAUACCAAUAUAUAUAACCCUUUAAGUGCUUCUGGGCAAGCGUCCUCUGUUGGGGGAAAUAAAUUAGAUAUUCCACAACAAAGUCAGAACAUAUCUCGUUCAAGUUCUAGGAGUUCUCUAUCACGAGAAGUUGAAGAAAUAAACGAACAGACGGAACAGACAUCCAAUCAGAAUGCAGGACCCCCAGGAAUGCCUGUCAUGUUUGAUCCAACCCAGUUUCAGCAGACGACACAACCUCAAGCAGAAACAAAACAAAAAACAGGCAUGAAAUAUGGACAACGAAGAAAAUACCCCAAAUAAACCAAAAACAAUUUAGGAAAUUUAUGACAAUUGAUGUCACAAGUUUUUUCUUUGUGUUUUUCAAAUUUCAAGUUUUUCAAAUUUCAAGAUCUUAUAUUUUUUUUUUUCAAAUUUCAAGACAUUAUUUUUGUUUUGUUAUGUUGUCCCAAUGAAUCUUCAUUAAAAUUCACUUUGCCAGAAGUUUUUACUGUGGCCACACCUAGUUUAAUUUUAGUCCUUCAGAAAGAACUACCUUAAUAUUAAUUUUAUUUAAGAACUCUUUGAUUGGUUCAACUUUUUAGCUCAUGGACAGCCUUGGAACUGUUCUCAACUAGUGCUACCUAGACUGCCCAAAACUGCCUAAGAACUAAUAUACUGUCAUACGUAUUCACAUACUUUAGGCGAUUUCAGGUAGUUGAGAGAACAGUAGUUUAGGGCGAUUUCGGGGAUAUACCGGUAUAUCACUUUUCUCAUAUUUUCUUCAAGGAACCGGGGUACCGUAGUCAAUAUUCACAUAUACCAGAUCCUAACACAUUUUAAAAAAAAUUGGUGUAUAUAUCAAACACAAGUAUUUGUAUAUAGAGAUGUAAAUAUUGUAUAUAGUUUAAAAAUAGAAAGAACUUUAAUUGAAACACCCCUUUUAUACAAAAUGAACUUGUCAAAUUGUAUGUAUUAAGUGACUCUGGCACAAUGUAUUUUUUUGUUAAAGGGGUGUUUUAAUUAAUGUUAUAUUGAUUGUGUGUAUAUGAGAUGAUAAUAUAUAUUAUUGUGCUAUUAUUAUAAAAUAUUUAUAGAAUAAUAUUUGAGUCAGGAGAUGGGGAAUGGAUGUGGAUAUAUAAUUUUAUGACUGAGCAUUUCUUUUGUAUUGGCCAGUAAAGACAUGAUUUACUAUAGAAUUGAUAUUUAAUUCAAUAUGGCUCUCUAAAACAUUGAUUGAUGUCAAGGUCGCUUAUUACAAACCCUUAUAAUUUAAUUGAUGCUAAAGUUUGGUGAGUGUGUGUUACAAUAUGGCCUCUCUAAUAACCCUAACAUAGAUGUCCACUUAUUAUAUCUGUGUUGUAGCCAGAGUCAUACCCUAUACACGAGACAGUGUUUCACUUCUGCUAUAACCAUAGGUGUACGGGAAAUUUUUGACUGGGGGAGCGGUGGUGGUUGGUGCGGUGGUUCUUAGUAUGUUAGUAUAGGUUCAUGUACCAGGCCUGUAGGAUGGAAACGAAGUGUGCAGAUUCUUUUACUAAACUAACGGACCGAGUACCGACUAUAUUUCCGAUCCGAAUGCUGCUAAGGGUGUCUGUGGUUUUUUUUACAAAAUCUUGUAUGAAUAAAUAUGCAUUUUAAGUGAUUCUGAGGAGUUUUUACCAGAUAAAAAAAAGUUCAAGGCCCAUAACAGGUUCUACAAUAUCUCUUUUGCGAUGAAUAAGUUCUUAAUUUCUAAAUCAUCAAUAAAAAAGAACUAAAUUUUAUUUACUUGUAAUAUACACAACUAAAAACAGUUGUUUAUGUAACUGUAACUUGUGGCUUACUGUACUCCAAACAAUAGAGGGUUCGAGUCUUAAGAUUUCUAUUUAAUUGCCUAACUAUAGACACUCUGAAUUUAAAUUCGCUGUUAAAUUGGACACAUUCAAGAACACAAUAUUUUUUUAUACAACUUUUACAAAGUACAAUUGUGUGCCCAAAUUUUCCAAGCAUUUGGUGCGGCUGCCCCCCCCCCCCCCCAGCCCCCCAGCCCCCCCGCCCCCCCCUCCCCCAGCUCGUAUGCCUAUGGCUAUAACUGUUUAUACACAAGACAGUGUUUCACUUCUGCUAUACCUGUUCGGUGCCAUAAUAUUAAUAGAACUAUUAUGAUGUCUUUCCUUUCAUGGUGAUAGUACUACUAAUUUCAAAUACUGCUACCCAUGCACCCACCCAUUAAAUAAAUUAUAUUUCAUAACACAUGCUCAUUCAUUAUUUUAUUCAUAUUUUGAUACAUAAUAAAAUUCUUCACUUUUUACAAAUGUAACUUGAGCUAGUUAAUAAAAGACAGAUUUUUAACCAUAAUCAUCUCUUGUUUUGCAUAGAUUAGAAUUAGAGUUUCCAUGUCCUGAACUUUAAUUUUGGACAAUUUGAGGAAUGCGUAAAUGCUUGAUUACUCUUGGAUGACAUGCACAUGUCUAUAUUUUUACAUAAACCUUCUGUUGGGUCGUUAAAUCGUUAAAUGUAGGUGAUAACAUCUUCAUAGUACUUUUGCCUUGUACCUAUUUAGUGGCUUAACUGAGCAUGGGUUGAGACUGAGACCUGAAUAUUUCUAAUAAUAAUUGUUUACUUAGGUUAAACAUACAUUAUGUAAGAGCAAAAUCUCCCUACUGCAGGUCUUUUUUCUAGUUUCAAAUGUUAUAUAAAUUAUUUGACAUUUAUUCACACAACAAGCCUAUAAUCAACUCUCGAGAACAUUGGAUUACGUAGAUAUUUAAUGGAUAAAAACACUUUCACCAUUGCUUAGGUUAUUGUCUUUUAUCAUUACUUUAUUAUUGAUGUUGAUUGUUGAUUAUUAUUAUUCUGUUGUUGAUUAAUUUGUUAUUAUUGAUGUAAAAAAAGUAUGUAAUUAUAUACAUAUAUAUAUAUAUAUAUAUAGUUGAUUUGUAUUUAUUUGAUAUACAUGCAGUUGUAUCUCAACUUAUACCCCCUCUCCCGACCCACUAUUUCACUCUGUUAUCUUUACCCCACCCCCUACCUACUGCACACACUCUUUCCAUUUGUUAGUAAUAUUCAUUGUAAAUAAUUUAUAUAAAUGAUAUAUUUGAGGCUUGAAUAGUUCACCAUAUGUUUGACGUAAUAUGGCCCGGUUGGUACUGAUAUUAAACCAUAUUUCAUUCAUUCAUUCAUUCUUAUUGAGGUGUUCAUCUAACUCUUGUAAUUUUUGUAUACCUUACAUAUUUUGUAAAGUAAUGUUGUUUAGAUAAUUUUUAUUAACUGUAGAAAAAAAAACUAUUAAAGCCAGAAUAAUGUGUGAUAAAAAAAAGGAGUUGCCAAUGCUACUUUUUUGGAUUUUACAUAGCUACUUUUGAGGAGUUGCCAAUGCUACUUUUGAGGAGUUGCCAAUGCUACUUUUGAGGAUUUCACAUAGCUACUUUUUUGAGGAUUUCACAUAGCUACUUUUUUGAGGAUUUCACAUAGCUACUUUUUUGAGGAUUUCACAUAGCUACUUUUGUAUUUCUAACUAUAUACAUUCCAUUUGAGUUUAUCCCAGUACCUAUCUACAUGUAGUUAGGCCAAACCAAUUUCAACUUUUGUUAUUUGGGAACAUGUAUCAAAAUUUGGCCUCUUUUUUCUUAGAGAAGAAAAAAAUAAUUUAGAAACAAAAAAUAUUUGUUUGCUUUUCUCAACAGCUUUUAGUUUGGAAGAAGUAAAAAUAGAAUGGGUAUGGUCUUUUUGUUUUUAUUUCAAGGUGGUAUUGUAUGUAAUUAUUGUAUAUAGAUUAUCAUUUAUGAGAGUGAAUGUUUUAUUGGAUGGUCUAGUGGUUACUGUGUGCAUGAAAUCACAAGUUAUUUAGUCACGUAACUUGGUUUCAAUUCCCCACUUGAACGUGACAAGGAGUAGGGUCACCUAUCCAACCUCAUGGGUAUUCUCCUGUUCCUCUGGUUUCCUUCCGUGGCUAAAGACCCCUACGUGUUAGUCCCAAAAUGACCUAGUUAGUGACAAUGGAGGUUAAACCCCCUCUCUCUCUCUCUCUCUCCCUCUAAAAAAAUUCACACACUUAGAUUCAGCUGAUUAUAAAUGAAAUGAAAUGGGGUUUAACAUCCUAGUGUUCUGCUCUGACUGGGUUAAUAAAGAUGACAGCUGAUUAUGAGUUAUGACUGAAAGAUAUUUUAUCAGUUGACAGUUUAUUUGUAAAACUAAAUAACUUUUUAAUUGGCCUGAGCAUUUCACAGCAAAUGAAAAAAACCUAAUUUAAAGAAUAUGGAUGCAAUGUAUAUGUUUAUUUACUAUUAGCCUUUAAAAUAUAGCAAGGCUAAUUCAAGGGAGAUAAUUUAUCAUUGACCAGAUGAAGUAAAUGUUAGAAAUGUGUGUUACAAAUGUAUAUUUAUCAAUUCAGUGUUUUGUUUAUAAAUUAUAUAUAUCUAAAUGUCUUUACUGGCCAAUAAAAUCAUAUUUUAAUUUCAA